AUGUCGAGAUCCAAGUCGAAACGUGGGAAGGGCAAUGGACAGCCAGUCCAGCAGACGCAGUCACCACCAAUCUCUUCAUCGCCACCAACUCGAGUCACAAAGCAACCCGCCUGGCAAAAGAAUAAGAAAAAGAAUAAGAGCCGGGGACCACAGCAUUCGAAUGUGCCUAAUAAUGGUGGAUUGAAGUCAAAGCCUCCACAGGCAGUGUCUCAUAAUCGUCCGCAUGCGCCUAAUAAUGGUGGAGUGAAGUCGAAACCGCCACAGGCAGCCUCGAAUCAUUCUAUCACGAAUGAUCGGCAACCAAAGCAAUCCUUGAAUAGCUCCCGAGUCAACGUUCAGAAGCCAGCAAAAUCUAAACCGACGCAGCUGCAGCGUGCGCGCCCACCUGAAGAGGAAAUAGUUGAUGUGGCUGAGUGUGAAUUUGAGUAUGCACAUAAAGAUGCGACUCAUGAUCAGCCGCAAUUGCAGUCACAAUCGAGUUUGCGAUCACCUCCAUCAUCACCACCGAGGGUGCCAGUAUUGAAAAAGACCGCACCAGAAUCAGGCAAUAAUUGGCACCAGACCCGUGAAACAUCCUCACCGGAUAUAUAUUCGGAAUCUGAAAUGGAAUGCAUACCACUUUCGCCACCUCAUAUGGAUGUAGAUUUCGAAAGAACCAGCCCAGUCUCUGACAAUGACCCACCGCAAUCGACACAUGAACUAUCGGCAUCAAAAUCAAAAGCACGAUCACGAUCACAGUUUGUUUCUCCAUCUGGAUCGGAACGGAACUCAUCCCUGCCAUCGCCAGCAUCGCUGGAAAGAGUCGCGGGCCGCGCAGAAGUCACAUCAGUUUCUCGCCCUAACCAUGUGCGUCAGGCCCGUGGGACGUCGGAAUCGGAGUCAAUAUCACAAUCACAAUUUGUUUCUCCAUCUGGAUCGGAACGUAACUGCUCCCUGCCAUCGCCAGAGUCGCUGGAAAGAGCCGUGGGCCGCAAAGAAAUCAUGCCGUCUUCUCGCCGUGACCAUCGGCAGCAGACCCGUGGAACAUCAGAAUCAGAGUCAAUAACAGAGUCAAGAUCAGUCUCUAGAUCUCAAUCAAGGCGGGAGAUCUCCCUACCAUCGCCACCAUCACUAGCAUCGCCGGAAAGAGUUGUCGACCACGAAAAAGUAACCCCAGUUUCUCGCACCGACUAUGAACAACAAGCUCAUGAAUCAAUUUCAUAUAAUGAUCAUGAUUCUGAGCUCUCAUCCGAAGUAUUGGCAAACUCAGGACGGGAACAAGUCCUGUCAUCACCCUCGCUAUUCACGACAAGAGUCCGAAAAAGAAGCAGACCAAGCGCCCAUGGCUCCCGGCGCAAGGCAGUACAGAUUCCGGUCCCCUCAACACCGGAAAGUCGGCACGACCAUGAGCCUGUAAUUACCAUUCCAUUACGAAUAUUCAAGAUUGUCUGUGGCGCACUUGUUAGCCUCGCAGAGGAGGGGUUAUCGGCACAAGAUAUGGGAAUUCAGCCAGAAUUACUGACACAAAUCCGAAUUCAGCCUCACCGUAAAGCCCGUGAAGCUGAGCCAGCCGCAUAUCCAGCAGGAAUUAGUUCAGAGAUAGGAGAGGAGACUCCGUCAAAAGCGGGAUCCGUAUUUGAGCUAUACGGGUCAUCGCAAGCUGACGCUGACUCUGGAUCUGGAUCUGAAUCCGAAUCCCAAUCGGAAUCGGGACUAGAAUCUGAAUCUGAAUCUGAAUCUCUAGCUCCAACUACAGAGGAAGCACUACCAUCGUCUCCACCACUGCCUCUAGUUCCACCACGAGCUGUGCCUCGAGUUCCCGCUCCGUCUCUUCCGCCUCUGCGCUGGUUAUCGAGAUUCGACAAACCAAGGCCAAGCCGGAGAUCGUCGUUACGCCCAACUGUCUGGGCCUCGCGUCUCCGGGCUAAAUGUUACAUCAGGUGCGGUGAAAAGUUCAUCAUGAUAGACGGCAAUAAAUUCCCAUGGCUUUUCGCCGAAUUUCCACCUGCUGCUCACGCGAAUCCCGGGUGGAUGUUCCCGGAUAACCCCGAUGAUCCCAAUUUUGAGCCUUUAGAGGAUGAUUGUGAUCAAGAGCUUCCAAAGUCUAAACGGCGUAGAUUGAUAUCUGGAAACUCGCCAGGGUCAGAGGUAUCGUCAGAGCCAGAUGAAUCGAUAGAGCCAGAGUCAGAGGUGCCAGAAGUCGGGGGUUCACUAGAGCCAGAGCCAUCAAAUCCCGAGGAAUGGUCAGAGCCCGAAACGUCAGAUCCCCAGGAACAAUCAGAACGCCAGAAAUUGCUAGAGGAUGGGCAUGGGCUAGAUCUCGAGCCGUUCUUAGACGAUAUGAGAUCGCCAGAGCCCGAGCCAGUGCCUGAGCUUGAAAAACCAUCCGACUCGGCGAGAUCAUCUGAUCCCGAGAGCGAACCGCGCACUCCGACUCCCAUUCAGGAUGAUUCACUGGUACGACGUUCCCGGCAAAUUACCAAGAGGAUCGAAGACGAGAUUGAGAGAGAUAAGGAAGAAAAUCCUACGCACUGGAGAUCUUCAAAUAUCAAGCAAUAUAGGAGAAUGGAGGAGAUUAUGGUCAGGGUUGAGGCCGAGUGCAUGAAAGAAAUGACGAAGAAAAAGGCAGAGGCGGAAUUGAAGAAGAAAGAUUUGGAAAGAAAGAAAAGGGACAAACAGCAGAGAGAUAUAGCGCAGAAGGAGAAAAAGGAGAAAGAAAAGAAAGAAAUGGAAGAGAAAAAGAAAAAGAAGGAGAGGGCUGCGAAGGAGGCACAGAAGAAAAAGGAGGAGCUGAAGAGGAAGAAGGAGGAGGUGAAGAGGCAGAAGGAGGUGCUAAAGAGGGAGAAGGAGGUGCUGGAGUUGGAACGUCAGUUUCAAGAAGCCAAAAAUAGGCUGGAGGCUUUAAAAGAAGCAGCCGAGAAAUAA